UAGUUGGUACAUUCCGGGCUAAACGGCUGCCUGAGGCGACACGUGGUCGGACUGGGAGAUUAUUGAGCCGCGUGGGGAGUGAAGAUUUGUAGAUUUUUGUAGAUUUUGGGGGGGAAUUUGGAGUUGUGUUUUGGUCAUGGAGUUUGAGGAGUCUGGUAUCGGAGAGGAAUGUGGGGUUUUCGGUUGUGUUGCUGCAGGCGAGUGGCCAACACAGCUGGAGGUGGCUCAGAUUAUAACACUGGGGCUUGUAGCUUUGCAGCACAGGGGCCAGGAGAGUGCAGGCAUUGUUACAAGUAACGGAGCCAAUCCACCCAUAUACACCACUCUCAAGGCCAUGGGGUUAGUGAGCGCAGCUUUUAAACCGGAAGACUUGAUGAAAUUGCGAUAUGGUAACUUGGGGAUUGGGCACACGCGCUAUUCCACCACAGGAAUUUCAGAGCUGCAGAACUGCCAGCCCUUUGUGGUGGACACUCUGCAUGGCAAGAUUGCAGUGGCUCACAACGGAGAACUCGUCAAUGCUGCUGCACUGCGCAAAAAGGUGAUGAGACAUGGUGUGGGUCUUUCGACUAGUUCAGACAGCGAGCUCAUCACUCAACUCCUUUGUCUGACUCCGCCCAUGGAGGAGGUCAACAGUCCUGAUUGGGUAGCACGCAUUAAAAACUUGAUGACGAAGACACCAAUGUCAUACUCCUUGCUGAUAAUGCACAAAGAUGUGAUCUACGCUGUGCGAGACCCAUAUGGCAACAGACCUCUGUGCAUCGGACGGCUGGUGCCCAUCUCUAAACUACACAACUCUGGAGGUGGAGAAGGAGACACAGAAGGUUGGGUAGUCUCCUCGGAGUCCUGCAGCUUCCAGUCCAUUGGAGCCAAGUAUUACCGCGAAAUCCAGCCUGGAGAAAUAGUGCAGAUCUCCAAACACGGGGUCAAGAGCCUGAACAUAAUCCCCCGUCCCGAGGGAGAUCCUCCAGCCUUCUGUAUAUUUGAGUAUGUCUACUUCGCCAGGCCAGACUCAAUAUUUGAAGGUCAGAUGGUAUAUACAGUCAGGCAGCGCUGUGGACGCCAGCUGGCCAUUGAGGCUCCUACUGAUGCAGAUGUGGUCAGUACUGUGCCCGAGUCUGCUACUCCAGCUGCUUUAGGAUAUGCACAAGUGUCUGGCUUACCCUACGUUGAGGUCCUGUGUAAAAACCGCUACGUCGGCAGGACGUUUAUUCAACCAAAUACUCGUUUGCGUCAGCUUGGGGUAGCGAAGAAAUUUGGGGCGCUGACGGACAACUUCGCUGGCAAACGAGUAGUUCUUAUUGACGAUUCUAUCGUGAGAGGCAACACCAUCUCGCCAAUCAUUAAACUGCUCAAAGAGGCAGGAGCAACAGAGGUCCACAUUCGUGUGGCAUCUCCUCCAAUUCGGUACCCCUGCUACAUGGGCAUCAACAUUCCUACCAAAGAAGAGCUUAUUGCUAACAAACCAGAGUUCAAGGACAUUGCUAACUAUCUUGGAGCUACCAGCGUGCGUUACCUGUCUGUCGAGGGUCUGGUGUCUGCAGUUCAGAGUGAGAUUGAGUUGUACAAGGAGGAGCAGAUCAGCACCAGCAGCAAGGCCAGCAGAAAACUGGGUCACUGUACAGCCUGCCUUACUGGCAAAUACCCAGUCGAGCUGGAGUGGUGAUGAAACACACCAGCAACACAACAACCAACAUUGAACCUCAUGAAAAUUCAGCCUGUAAAAAGUGGUAACCGUUGUAGGUAGAUCAGGACUACUAGACUGGGAGGUAUGAAAGGCAAUAGUGAUCGCAGCAUGCAUUUAAUAAUGCUCUACAUUGUCAAGGGUUUCCACUCUCUCAAGGACAUUUCAAUUUCAGUUCAUUCACCCUUUUGUAUAUUUCGACAAUUACUGUGAUGCAGCGUCUGCUUAAUGUGUUAACUUGUAUGCAAAUUUAAGCACAUUUUUGCUCUUCAGUUUUUCUCUAUUGAAUGACUGGUUCACUGACCCGCCUGGUGUGAAGAGCCCCUGAACAGUCUUGCUUCACUGAUGCAUCCAAGAUUAAUGCGUUAUAUGCAGAGUAUUUCCAUACAAGCUGUUUAUUAACUCUUAUUUCUGUAACAUUACAUUUAACCUUUGUAUUUCUAUCUGUAGUCAUGAACCUGUACAUGUGCCUUUUCUGCAACCACAUAGCAUUACAGUAUUGACAAAUCUAGAUGACCUUUCUCAGUUUUCCAUGCUCUUAAGAGAACACUUUUCGUUCAUAGUAAAAUGUCUGAAAACAGAA